CUGAACAUGUGACACCGUUUGAGCCUGUAAGAUACACUCAGUGUUUCUGUUUUUUCUAAUAAUCCAUGACGAGCCUCACCUAAAAGCAAACACCGUGAUCAACAAACGCACAACAAACAAAAGUGGACAAGUGAAAAUGGCGAGCGGCGAUGAGGAGUCUGGCAGACGGCCCUCUGCGUGCUCUUCAUCUGUGGGUCUCGAGGCCUGGUUCCCCACGCCCGUCAGCGGGGAAGAUGAGCCCGAGCUGCGGCGGCUGCGGGAGCGUCUGCGUGGCUGGCUGUCUCAGUACGAGCCCGCGGUGAUCUCGGCUCAGCGGCUGCUGGUGUGGGAGAGGCCGCUGCACAGCAUCAUCGCGGCGCUCUUGCUCAACACGGUGUUCUGGCUCCUGUCGUCCACGCCUUUAAGACCCAUGUUCCUCCUAAGUGUGUCUCUCAUUGGACUGACUCUGCUGGAGAGAUGGAAAGACAAAUUGCCUCAGAUCACCGUGUGGCAUCCUGAGGCAGCUGUGAUUGAACGAGAAACCAUAACGGAGCAGCCACGUCUGCUAAGCGUCGAUGAGCUCAGCCAUCAUCUUGCAGAAAGUUAUCUCACCUUCAUCCUCUGUAUCCAGGAAAUGCUUCAAUACAAACUGCAGAAUCAUGGAAAGUUCUGCAUUAUGAUGUGUUCAGGAUGUUUCAUAUUGGCUAUGGUUGGACAUUACAUUCCUGGGAUUAUGAUCUCCUACAUUAUAUUAUUGAGUAUGUUGCUGUGGCCGUUGGUGGUUUAUCAUGAGCUGAUCCAGAAAAUGUACACCGGACUGGAGCCCAUUCUGAUGAAACUGGACUACAGCAUGAAGGGAGACACACAGCGCCGAAAAUAUGACAAAAAAAAGCUGAAGAAGGAGCAGGAGGAGGGUGAUGAGCCGAGAGCAGAGACAGAGAGUGAGAGUGAGGAGGAGUUGUCCUGUUUCGCCCCCACUGUUGAUGUGAAGACUACGGCUCUGGCGAUGGCCAUCACAGACUCUGAGCUCUCUGAUGAAGAGGCGUCUAUACUGGAGAGUGGAGGAUUCUCAGUGUCUAGAGCCACCACACCACAGCUCACUGAUGUUUCUGAAGACUUGGAUCAGCAAAGUGUGCACAGUGAACCUGAGGAAUCGUUCAGUAGGGACCUAGCUGAGUUUCCGUCGGUGGAUGAGCUGCCCUCUAUCGAACCAGGUCUGUUCCAUUUCCCUCUGGGCGUUCUAGGGUCUGACCAGGCAGGUACCCUGGAAGAACCCCAGUCCCCUGCCAGCCUCCUUAUCCAACACUUAGCAUCUCCGCUCCACUUUGUCAACACACACUUCAAUGGAAACGGACAAGCAACUAAGGCAGACCAAAGCGUUCUUGGUUCUGAGAACAAAGGAAGGGGAUUGGCUGAGGACGUCUCGAGACCUGCAAGGACACUGGAAGCCCUUAGCGAGGAGAUAGUGAGCACAGCCAUCUCUACGGUAGUACAGAACACUCUCUCAGCCCUAUUGCGGUCCACAGAAGCCAGCGAGGGAUCCUCCGUGGCCUCAUUUCUUCCCACCGAGACGCCUCCAUGCCCAAUGGAAUCGACCCUUGAGUCGCCGUCUGCCGGCAUAGAGGAAGAGGAAGUUGACGUCACCGAAGCAAGCACAGAGGAGCAGCCCGAUGUCACACUCGUACCUGCAGAAGAAGAGGACUUUGAACUUCUGGACGAAAGCGAACUGGAACAGAUGGAUGAAGGGCUGGGCCUUGGAGUUGAGGGACAGGAAGUGGGUGGGACCUCAGCAGACACGCCCACAAGCAGUCAGCAGCAUGCAAAUCAACAGGAUUCCUAGCUUCUCACCACCGAAACUGUUCUUUUUAUUUAUAGUCCAUCUAGAUCCCAUAUACUGACACAUGCUUUGUGAAAGGGAACGUUACGGUCAACUAUGCCUUUAUUUUGUUUUCAAGAUUGAGAUCACUGUGAUUGGCGGGCUUUUGUUUCUCAAGCAGAUGAAUGUUAUAUCUCGCAAAAUUUUUUAGAGAACUAAAUCCCAUUCAGCCUCAAACCAACAAAAACAAAUCAAGCCAUUCAGAUUUCAGAACCGAUAUAAAGGGAUAGUUCACCCAGAAAUGAAAAUUCUGUCAUUAUUUACACAUCCUCGUAUUGUUCCAGACAUGGAUGAUUUGCUUUUGGAUGAACUGUUAGUUUAAAAAUAGACUGACAAAAUAGACUGACAAGUUUUAAAUGUAUACUGACCCACACUGACCAUAGUCCUUUUGCUUUAAGCUUGAUGCAUCAUGGGAACAAGCCAACUGAGUAUGGAGCUAGAACAAUGACAAAAGUAUUUUAAUCUGAAUUUUCUAGACAUGUGACAAUGAACAAAAUGGAAGAUUUAGGGGUAGGGUUAAGAUUUUUUGUUGUUGUUGUUGUUUGUUUUUUGAUGUGGAAUUAGAUGUAAAUAUUCAGAUUAUAAAAUUACAGGCAGUGUUGUUUAAAUUACUCCAAAAGUGUAAUUAAUUACUAAUUACAUCUUCUACUUUAUUAGAUUACUGUACUAAUUACUCUGUCUGAACAGUAAUUAAAUUACUCAUACCUAAUUACUUUUCUAAAACCCAUAUGAACUUUGACCAGAUGGACAAUAAAAGGUAGACUUCAAAUUAUUAUUUAAAUUUUUUCAAAUAAAUACUAUAACAUCAAAUAAAUUAUUCUUGAACUGUUCUUAAACUGUUCCUAAAUGGUUAAUAAAAUCUAAAAAAAUAGCUCAAAAUCGAUCACUCUCUUUAUAAUUUCUUCUCUAAGCAAGUGCAUUUGUUGCAAAAGGCUGUAUUUUAUGUAAGUAUUGUAGGCAACAUUCGUCACAGUACAGUAACUGUAAACAGUUUAACAAGGCACAGUGGCCCCUCAGCAAACCAGGGCAGAAGGGAAAAAAUAUUGGCUUACCAUUUAUCACGCGCUGAAACUUGGACUGAAACUUUACCAUUUGGAAUCAUGUGUAAUGGUGCAAGUCACAUGAAGUCCUCUUUGACACCUGAACUUCUUCAGAACAUCGAAUCUUAAUGACACCUGCGCUAAAAACAAGCUAAACAUAGCACAGUAAAUGAAACAGAACGCAGGUGUCUCGAGGUACAUUUUUAAAUGUUGAAGCUCAUUUUAACCUGACACAGUGUCUAAAAUCCGCCAGUCCUGCGCAAUACUCUAAAGAAACAGCAAGACGUGCUACAGCAGUCAAAGACGUGCGUCUAGCACAUGAUUACAUCAUAAAACAUUUUAAACACAGUGUAGACGUGCAAAACACGUUCGGUUUGAACAGCCCCUACGAUCUCUCAAAAGUGUAUAUCUAUGUUGCCGUGUCAAGUGCUUUGGAUCUGCAUUUGUCUUCUUAUCUACAUUUGUCAUAAUGUAAUGGGGAUAUUUCCAUUUAGUAAAACAGCCACAUAUAUUUUCUGACCUCUUUUCACUUGAGUGAUUUCUCAACAUACUGGCACGAGCUUAAGCGUGCAGUUGAAUUUGGGGCGGCGUUGAAUUAGAAAACAAAUGUUAUCAUUAGGCAUUACAUUUUGAUUUUCAAUUCCAUAUUGUUUUAUAUACAGAAUGGUUGAAAGUAUUUAGUAUGUAACGCAAGUACAUCAUAAGUGACUGUAAUUAAAUUACUAAAAAUGAAAAUUUUCAACGAAAAAGUCAUUUAAUUACAGUAAUGCGUUACUUUGUAAUGCGUUACACCCAACACUGAUUACAGGUUCAAAUUUUUAGAUUAAGAAGAAAUGUAAAGUAAAAAAACAACAAAAAAAAAAACAUUCAAAUUCUGAUCUCAGAAAUUCAGAUUGUGAAAGAACUAGGUCUAAAAAAUAGCUUCCAUGUUCCACAGAAGAAAGGCUAUUAGAAUAGUCAAACAUAGCAUAUUGGCUAAUGUGCUACCAGAAUUCUCUGGCGAGUUUGAUGUUAACACCAACUAAAAUUAACAAAUUUUACGGCAUUUAUUAAUCGUUGCCAUCUUUCCUCCAUUAAUUUCUAAAAAUAAUAAUAAUGUAUGUUAAUAUAAGUUGUAUAAGUUGUAACAUUAGUUAAUGCAUUAAAAACUAACAAAAAACAAUAAUAUUUAUAAAUGAACAUUAUCUUGGUAAUUACUUAAUACAGUCCUGUACUACAUCUGACUGCGCCACAGAAUUCUGGUAGCUCCGUAAUUGGCCAGAAUGCUAAAUUCGACUAUUGUGAUAACCUCUUUCACUGUGGAACAAGGAAGCUUGACCUUUGACCUGGUUUGCUCUAGGCCAAGAUAGAACUAUAUGAAUUUGAGAGAUUUGUAUUUCUGAAUUUCUUCUUAAUCUGACAAUUUGAAUCUGUAAUUUUAUAAUCUGAAUAUUUACCUUAAAAAAUUUCUAAACAAAACAAAUCUGCUGUUUAAAAAUACAGAUUUAUAAAAUACGAAAUGUAUACAAAAAUCUACCAUUUUGUUAAUCGUCAUGUCUAGAAUUAAAUUAACAAAAUUCUGAUUCAAAUACUUUAGUCAUUGUUUUAGCUCCAUACCAGAGCUUUUAUUUGUUUAAAAAAAAAAAAAAAAAAGAAAAGAAAGAAAGAAAUGGCCUAGGGUGCUUUGCUGGUCUUAAUUGCCAGGUUGGUCUAGUUUGAUGGUUUUAGAGGGGUUUUGGGCAUUUCUCAGAUGGUCAGAUUGGGAAACUAAGACCAGCAAACCACCAUAGGCUGAUUAAAGCUGUUUUUCAGCAGGGACGCAACUGAAAAUCCUCAGUGAAGGGACAUGUUAUGGUGAUUAUGUCAAAGAGAUUUCUUUUCGUAAUCAUUGCUAUACUAAUAUAUUGUGUAAUAUAAACAUAUGAAGAUGGUCUUAUUUAUUAAAAUUGGUUAGUGAAGAGUGAAAUAUAAUAUACUAUUAAAUACUUAAUGCAUAAAUAAUGAAGUUGCAAGACUUCUGUUGUUGGAUUUUGAUGGCUAAACCUGGAGGAAUUGGAAACAAUAUUUUAAAAGAGAUUAAAAAAAAGUUUUAAUAAAUUUGGCUGUUUAAGAUGUUGCGCAAUUAAUUGUAAAUCAAUUUCUGAAAAUACUUUUGACAUAAUGAAUAUUGGACUGUGCGAUUUAGCUACCUAUAUUUGUUGCCAUUUGGGGAUAUAAUCUUUAAAGGUGCAGUAUGUAAGAUUCAGAAACCCUUGUUAUUAAUGACACCUGUGGCCGUUAAGUGAACUGCAGCCUGUUGCUGGUGCUCGCACUCAUGCACACACUCUAUAGGGACACAAGUGAGCGAGCAUCGACCAAAACAAUGAAGUAACGUACAAAGAGGCUGAGCGUGAUUCACCGGCAUCAUGCCGAUGAUGAGGUAGCAUAAUUAAAAUUACACGGUUAUGAUUGUGUUACUACAAACUUUGAGACUACACUAAAGCUACUUAUCAGCUAACAUAGCAUACUGAUACACACAUACAGCUACAUACUACCGAAUUAUACCAGACAGUUCACUGUUAUGUUGCACUAUUGUAUGUUUUGUAUGUCAUAUGUUGUACUACGAAUAAGAAACCAGCGUAUUUGCUUAAAUUUAUCCUGUUUACCUGACUUUUAGUAUAAAGAGAAGAUUGUUUGAAAUUAUUUGAAUGUUACGAAGCAAGGUAGCUUGCAAUUCGUCAGUGUUAGCAGGCAAGAGGUUAACUAAAAUUACACCGAUCAAUCCUUAUGGCACUAUAUUUCUCAUGCUUUGCAGUUAUGUAAGCUUACCUGUCCAAUAAGAAGAAUACCUAUUCAGGGUCGGUUUUGAUCCCCAAAACCAAACAAAGUUCCCUCCAGGAAUCAAAUGCCCUGCUGAUGUUCACUCUAGUUUUUGCACGAUCACGUUCCCGCUUAGCCAGAUGGGAUUCAGUAGAUAAAUGUUUUUUUUUUUGUUUUUUUUUGGCUUACUCUGAGUUUGUGUAGGAGUCGGCUGUUUGCUGAAUUCCAUCUCUUAGAUAACGUUACCUAGUGUUGCAGUUUGUUGUCGCUGUUGAAUAGCGGAAGAGAAGCUAUUACUGUCUGAGGCAAGGCUCUCAGUAGCGUGCAUAAACGUCACAUCCUUUGGAUUUUCCCGGCAAAAGCGACCCGCUCCCUUCAUAUGAAAAUCAGUCUACAGGCUUUAAAAGGCAACCUAGGAAGUCCAGGAAGGUCUAAUUUUUAAGUUGCGUUACAAGCCGUUCACUCAUUGGCAAAAGAAAGGUGAAUAUUACAUGAACAUUUUUAUAUAUUGCACCUUUAAAGUACUUGUUGAAUUUCUGCUCAAAGUGAAUAUGUAAUAGAAGCACACCUGUUUAGCCCAAAGAAAAUGUUCCUGAUUCAUAGUGCUUGCAUUUAUAUUUAUUUAUUUUUUUGUCACGUCAAUUAGAAGAAUUGGGAAUCUAACCGUAACCUUCAUAUGUUCAUAUUCAGGUAAAAUAUGUUAUUAUGAGUGGAUGCACAUUUGAUCUAAUGUUGUACGCACAUGCUCAAAAUUUGCAGGACCUUUGGAUUUUUUUAUAGCCAUGCUAAAUAAUUUGCAGUGCAUUGUAAAAAAAAAAUAAAACAAAUAAUCACAUUAUGUGGUCAUAGAUUGCCUGAAAUAGUUUUAAAUGAUGAACUAAACUAUCACUCUGCAUCUACUGUAAGUUUGAGAGGAUUUUGCGCAUGGGCUUGACUGAAUUAUUUUCCCAUUUUUAAAUUGAAGUGAUGUGAGAACUUGUUAGAGGGCAAUCCUAUGUGAUAGAUUGAGCCUUAUUUUAUUUGUAAGGUGUACACAAUAUGUAAACAACUUGAGGUAUCUCUAGAAUUUAUCAUGUAACGUGAAAAGAGGGCAUAUUUUGGAUUGUAAUAUUUAAUAUUGAUGUGUCAUGUCAAUUUCAAAGGUCUUAGUGACUACUUGUGUGGCACUGAAUUAAUAUAAUAAUAGGAUUUUAUGAUAUUUAAUGGCCUGGUACAAAACAAAACAAAAAAAAUCACACAUUUUAAAAUGGAAGUUAGCAGGUGCACAUUCCUUCAAAGUCAAAAGUUGAAUUGAGCUCUUACACAGUGUCCUAACCAAGCACGACUCAAUAAAGCAAUAAAAUAUGUUCUUUGUUUAUCUGGCUUUUCUGUUCUAACCAGCUGCGAUAAGCGACAAGACAUUUUUUUUUUAGCUCAUUUGGUUUCUAUUUCUGCUGCAUGGUGCUCCACAAGUGGUAUAUUCAACACAAAAUAUGUUCUGAUUGGUUGUGAUUGUGUCGCGUUUUGUUGCGCUUUUAGUGUAGCUAAGUAGCUUGCCUUUGCAAAUCACACCUGGUUAGGACACAGUGUCAAAGAAUGGGUUUGUGUUUUUUUUUCUAGUUUUUCUCUGUCGAGUGUAUUUUGCCCCUUCUGUAGAUAUACCCACAAAUUUACACGUCUGAUCUAGACAGCAGAGAAGUGUGUUUUAUAAUAUUUACAGAGAAAUUAUGUUUGUGUAAUAGUGAUUGUGUUUUGCUCAUGAUGUUACUGCUUUAUGAUCUAUAAAAAAGCACUUAGAGCAUUUAACUAUGAAAAUUUAUUGUUGAAUGUGGUUUUGUUUACUCUGAUUUGUAUCUCCAUACAUCUCUAAUAUACACCUAUAUGCUGGUUUUCAAA